CAACUGCCCUGCGCAUCUGACGGCCCCGCCCUCUCUCCCAGCUCCGGCGACGAUUCCCCGAUGGCCUCCGCCGCCGGCAGCGCCGUGACACUCCGGCGGGUGCUGCUCGCGUCUGCCGCGCUCCGGCUCGCACUGGUGGUGUUCGGGGAGUGGCAGGAUGCUCACCUCGAGGUGCGCUACACCGACGUCGACUACCUCGUCUUCUCCGAUGCCGCUGCCUCCGUCGCCGCCGGCGGAUCCCCGUUCGCCCGCGCGACCUACCGCUACUCUCCGCUCCUGGCCUUCCUGCUUCUUCCGAACUCACUCCUCCAUGCCGCCUGGGGCAAGCUCCUCUUCUCCGCCGCAGAUUUGCUAGUGGGAUUGUUCAUAGAUACCAUUCUGAAACUACGUGGAAUCCCUGAGAAAAUGCGGAUGUGGUCCGUGAUAGCUUGGCUGUUCAAUCCCUUCACAUUCACCAUUGGUACAAGAGGAAACUGCGAACCAAUAGUCUGCGCUGCCAUGCUCUGGAUUCUCAUAUGUUUGAUGAAGGGUAGAGUAUUGCAGGCAGCGUUCUGGUAUGGGCUUAUCGUGCACUUCAGAAUAUACCCAAUCAUAUAUGCGAUUCCUUUUGUAAUUGUUCUCGGGAAGAGUUAUGCCUGUCCUUCUGGUAGGCCUACUCUUACAAUGUGGAACUCCGAACAACACUUGCAAAAUGACAAAGCCAGUCAAAGAGGAGGACCAACAUCAGUACUGGCCAUUCUAUGGGAUUUCCUUUCAAACUUUAUAACAAGAAAUGCAAUCCUAUUUGGGUUAUUCUCAGGAUUUAUGUUCUUUGCCUGGACUGGUGUUUUCUUCUAUCUCUAUGGGUGGGACUUCCUAAACGAAGCAUUACUUUACCAUCUUACUCGGACCGAUCCAAGGCACAAUUUCUCAAUAUAUUUCUAUCAUAUUUAUCUACAUCAUCAACAAGGGUUCUCAAGUAUUCAGAGGCUUGCUUCGUUUCUGCCUCAACUGAUCGUGCAACUGGCACUCAUCACCCGAUUCUCUAGGGACCUUCCAUUUUGCAUGUUUCUCCAAACUGUUGCAUUUGUUGCUUUUAACAAGGUGAUGACGGCACAAUACUUUGUGUGGUUCUUCUGCCUGUUGCCCCUCGUCCUCCCUUGGAGCAGCAUGAACCUUAAGUGGAAAGGUCUGGCCUGCAUGCUAGUGUGGAUGGGGUCUCAAUUGCACUGGCUCAUGUGGGCUUACCUGCUGGAAUUCAAGGGCCGAAACGUCUUUGUACAGCUCUGGGUUGCAGGCCUCGUGUUUCUAGCUGCCAACACCUUUGUUAUGCUCAUGGUGAUCAAGCAACACAAGUACACCCCACUCUUCUCGUCACCAGGGAAGCCUGGCCGCAAGGUUGCUACCAAGAAGGAAUAGCCUGCGCACUUGCACUUUCUAUUUUGCCAACCGAUGUGUGAUUAGAACACGGAUCUUUUUUUCUUCUUCUUGUGUGUUUGUGUUCUGUACCAGAUCAUGCGACUUGUAUCCUGUAGUUUUGCCGGUAGCUAAUGCGGUGGCGUUACAUGAGAAAUAUUCUUUUGUUAUCAGAUUUUAAAAUUAGUUCUGAUUCUAGAGGUGGCAAAGGUGGCUGGGAUUGGCUUUAAUUUGGU